AUGCUGCCGUACCAGGCGAUGGCCAUGGACUACGCGUCCGCGUCGUUCCAACGACAUCCGGCCGCGGCCAACGUGGGACACCAUCACCACGCGGCCGGCGGGCCCGGCGGCGGUGGCCCCGGGUCGGCCGCCGCCGCGUUCAGCCCAUCGUGGUUUGUACCGGCUGACUUGUGCAUGCCGUUCGCCAAGCAAAAUCAGCCGCUCGUCGAACCUGGAAUACUCGAGUUGAGAAAAGAAAAAAGUCGAGACGCAGCUAGGUCAAGACGGGGCAAAGAGAACUACGAGUUCUACGAGCUGGCCAAAAUGCUACCGCUGCCUGCAGCAAUUACAUCGCAGUUGGAUAAAGCGUCCAUCAUACGGCUGACAAUAUCUUACCUGAAACUGAGAGACUUCUCAGGCCACGGUGACCCACCAUGGACUAGGGAUGGUCCACAAUCCGCAUCCAAAAACCUAAAAGGAACCUCAGCUCGAAAUAGAUCUCCUAGUACCAUCGCCUUGGAAUUGUUUGAACAGCACCAAGGCACACAUAUACUUCAAUCGUUGGACGGUUUCGCUUUUGCGUUAGCUGCCGACGGGCGAUUUCUAUACAUAUCAGAAACCGUGUCCAUCUACCUAGGUCUUUCUCAAGUAGAGAUGACCGGUAGUAGUGUGUUUGACUACAUUCACCAAGCCGACCAUUCUGAGCUAGCCGAACAAUUAGGCCUAGGACUGACUCAAGGCCAGGGAAUGGCAUCGCCGUCACCCAGCAGUGCUGGUUCCGAAGAAGGAAGUUCUAAUGUGGGCACGGCAAAUCCUGACGUUUCGUCAGUGAUGUCUCUAUCCAGCACAAAUGCAUAUAAAGGCUUAGACAGAGCGUUUUGCAUUAGAAUGAAGUCUACGCUGACUAAACGUGGUUGCCAUUUCAAAUCCUCCGGAUAUAGGGUGGUGCUGUUGAUUUGCAGACUGAGGCCACAGUACACGUUUUCGCACAAUCGGAAAUGUGCGCCACCGCUUUUGGGCGCAGUGUCCCUGGCUAUCGCAUUACCCCCACCAAGCGUGCAUGAAAUCAGACUGGAAACCGACAUGUUCGUCACAAGACUAUACUUCGACUUUCGAAUAGCUCAUUGCGAACCAAGGGUGGCGGAAAUACUAGAUUAUACGGCCGACGAACUGACUGGUAUGAACAUGUAUACCCUGUGUCACGGCGAGGACGUGGGGAAACUCCGAAAAUGUCACCUAGACUUGAUUAACAAAGGGCAGAUGAUGACGCAUUACUAUAGGGUGAUGAAUAAAAAUGGUGGUUACACUUGGAUGCAGACGUGCGGUACGGUCGUCUGUAACUCAAAAAACGCUGAAGAACAGAACAUCAUUUGCGUCAACUAUGUAGUCAGUGCCAGAGAAUUCGACAAUUUGAUAAUGGAUUGUUGCCAAAUGGAAGAGCAUAUUAGACAGAGGGCGGUGAAAAGAGAAGAAACAGGAGGCAACGACCCUGAGAACGGUUCACCCGAUGGCGGUGGCGGUGAUGGGCGAGGAGGAAAUCCUAGAAGAGAUCACCUAACACCUGCCGACCUGGACGAUGGUCAUUCGGCAGACGGACAGGGUGAUCCGACGAGAGGCAGGAAUCAUGUGGACAUAACGCAAUUGAACAACGCACCAUCUGAACGAUUACAAUUGAACAACAACAACAGCAUAGGAAUACAACCGAAGAAGUCAGGCAAUGACAAACGGAAAGCACAUAAAAGGAAAAUCGCUGACCGGGACGAGGCGGCUGAGGCGGUGUUGGCGGCGGAUAGCUGCUGCAGUAGUUCGGAAGAAGACACUUUGGUGAACCGGAAGCAGCAUUUCGCCAGCCUAAGCCCCGCUUCUUCGUCGUGUCAAUCCACGUUGCCACCCAGUCCACCGAAAACGAAUGGCAGUGGUAGUGACAAGAGGCCGGCUGCGAGCGACCCGAACGCCGUAAAAGAACUUGAGCACGCUAUGUCCAAACACCUGCCACCGACCACGGACAAGACGUCCACGUCAUCAGUGGCGGCAGCACACCAACCGACCGACUUUAGCACGGACGCGCUGCUCAAGCAACAGCAACAGAAGAGUACGAUCCAAUGGAUCGGGGCGCACCACCUGGGACACCACCACCAUCUUCAUCAGCAGCAGCAACACCAGCAGCUACAACAACAGCAGCAACAGCAACAGCAGAACGGUGGCCUACACCUGCAGCAGCACCAGCAUCACCAUCACCCCUCCGGGCCACCCCACCACCAUCACCUACAACAUCACCAACAGCAGCAGCAGCAGCACCACCAUCACCACCAGGGCGCGUCGCCGCACGGCCAACAGUCGACGGGCGGUGCUCCAGGUACCACGUUGCCCGCUUCAGCACUGCUCCGACAGAUAUACGCCAACCGCGAGUCGGUGAUCCGUGCUAACGUGCACGCUCCCCGUUCACCCGGCGCCAGUGCUGUCUCGUAUUACACGGGUGAAAUGAGCACGUUGCCCACGCCGCCGGGCAGCGAGGGCGGUUAUUCGGAACAACAACAGUUUGGACCUCAGAAAAACGAGUUCGGUAACGGCGGCGGCCUCGCAGUACCACCGCCGUACAGUUACGCCGAUUAUCAUACGGCCAUGACGCCGCCGUCGUCCGUGUCGCCACGUGACAAACAUCAACACCAGCACCAGCAGCAACAGCAACAACAGCACCAGCAACAACACCAGUAUGAUUUGUACGGGCCACCGCCGACGUCCGCGGACGCGUUGCUGCAGAUACGGCAACAGCACCUGCACCAGCAGUACGGCCAUCACGCGGAGGUGACGUCGUCCGCGGCACCGGCGCUACCUCUGAAACCACAGCCGUACAACCCUGCGCCGCCACCGCCGCCCCCGCCCGCCGUGCCGCUCGACCAUUAUGAUCAGACGUCCGCGGCCGCGGCAGCUGCGGCGGCAGCAUUUUAUCAUUCGGCCGCCGGUUUUCAUCUUUACCAUCCAUCCAAGUCGACUAUGGCCACUGGCCCGCCGCUUCCACCUCCGCCACCGUCAUCCGUGUACGCUGCUGACUCGUUGAAGAACCAUCACAAUUGGUACUCCACACCCACUUAG